AUGAUUUUACUAAGAAUAGCAUUAUUCCUCCUGCAUAUUGUAGUUUAUCUCUGUAGUGAAAGAAAAAACAAGAACAUCAUUCUUAUAAAUGAUGAAACGUCCAGUUUAAAUAAUACCACACAGUGUUCACAGGAUGUUCAUUUUGCAUUUAAAAAGGAGUUAUAUAAAUAUUGCGUUGAACAUGAUAUAAAAAAUACAGAAUCACAUGUAUAUAUACAGAAAAAAGAAAACAAUAGAUGGAUAUCACAAUCAGAAUUAUUAGGAAAAUUUUAUAAAAUUAAACCUGUAUCUAUUUUUAAUUUUGUGGAUGAUAAUCAAAUUAUACUUAUAAUUUGCGAAUAUAUAAACAAUGACAAAACUAAUACUAAGGAUUGUUACCGUUGGAGUAGCCAAGAUGGGACUACAUUUACAAAAGAAAAUGUAGUCAUAGAUAAUGAUAUUUUUAAUAAUAAAAACUAUUCAUCUUAUUCAUCCGCUCCUUUAAAAAUUUCUAAUAAAACUUAUUUAUUAAUUUGUGGUACACAUUCUAAUCAAUUAAAAAACAAUAAAAACGAAGAUCACUUGGCAUCUUGCACUGCCAGUGAUGAUGAUGGAAGAAAUUGGAGAACACAAAUUAAAAUCAACUAUUCCGGAUUUCAAGCGGACAGCCCAUUUUUUGCCCUAACACCUCACAUAUUCAACGACGAGUUAGGCUUUUAUUUUUACACAGGAGUAAAUAUUAGUACUAAGAGUACGGGUGGACAAUAUAUAGCUUGUUCUGUUGAUAAUGGGACGAAUAUAUCAUUCAAUUGUAAUGAUGUUAAUCUUUUUAAAGAAAAUAAAUUAUUACAAAAUAUUACAAAGUUGAGUGAUCAUUACUUGACUAAUUAUAUAGAUAAAGAUUAUUUAGAUUUAUGUUAUUUGUAUUAUACGAAAGAAAAUGCAAUUAUGAUAGGCUCCCCAAAACAUAUAUAUAAUGAUCAUAAAUGCUAUAACAGUUCCAUCAUAAAAGAAGAUGAAUCUACAUUUUUUUUUACUUAUUAUAAGGGGCAUGGAUUACAAAAUAUGCACUCAAUUCACUAUACACAGUAUGACUAA